AUGUUCCGGCAGGGGAUGCAUGACCUAAAGGUGUGGCCGGGGGUGGAUUGGGACGGAUGGGAGCCCACCAGCACCCCAGGGAGGACCAGCAGCCGUCUAGCAGAAGACCAGAUGGGAAGACUGGCCAAGGUAGUCACAGGGUCAGGGGUCCCCUGGACAGGGGGGGUACUCCUGUGAAAGGACCUGCCUAAAUCACUGUCUAUUCCAGCCCCCUGACCUGGAGUUUCUCAGUGAUGUGAGUACUAGGUGUUGGAAGGAGAGGAGAGGGGGUCGGAAUGCUGGAUGUGUGUUUGUUAAGGUCUUUGUUAGUACACAUAUUAGUUCCUAUAGCUCCUUGCUGACCUUUGUGUGUGUGUGCAUGGCUUGUGUGUGUGAGGAAGAUGGUACAUCAACCCCCCCAUUCCAUUAUUCAAGAGAAAAAACUAAGAAGCACCACCUUUGUCUAAUCAAUGCAUAUAAUCCCAAUUGUUACAGUAAUGUGUCUUUAGCCUUUGGUGUGUUUGUUUUCAUUUUGUAGUUAUUUACAGUGUCUUCAGAAAGUAUUCAUACCCCUUGACUUAUUCCACAUUUUGUUGUGUUACAGCCUGAAUUCAAAAUGGAAUACAUUGAUAUUUUUUUCUCACCUAUCUACACACAAUACUCCAUAUUAUGACAAAGUGAAAACAUGUUUUUCAAAUGUAGUGUAAAUUAAAUAUCUAAUUUACAUCAGUAUUCACACCCACGUGUUAGAAUCACCUUUGGCAGCAAUUACAGCUGUGAGUCUUUCUGGGUAAAUCUCUAAGACCUUUGCACACCUGGAUUGUACAAUAUUUGCACAUUGUUAUUAAAACAAUUCUUCAAGCUCUAUCAAGUUGGUUGUUAAUCAUUGCUAGACAGCUGAGUGGCGCAGUGGUCUAAGGCACUGCUUUGCAGUGCUAACUGUGCCACUAGAGAUCCUGGUUCGAAUCCAGGCUCUGUCGCAGCCGGCCGCGACCGGGAGACUCAUGGGCGGCGCACAAUUGGCCCAGCGUCGUCCAGGGUAGGGGAGGGAAUGGCCGGCAGGGAUGUAGCUCAGUUGAUAGAGCAUGGCGUUUGCAACGCCAGGGUUGUGGGUUUGAUUCCCACGGGGGGCCAGUAUAAAAAAAAUAUAUAUACAUGUAUUCACUAACUGUAAGUCGCUCUGGAUAAGAGCGUCUGCUAAAUGACUAAAAUGUAAAUGUAAAGCUGAAUUUGUCUCCCAGUGUCUGUUGGAAAGCAGACUGAACCAGGUUUUCCUCUAGGAUUUUGCCUGUGCUUAGCUCUAUUCCAUUUGUUUUUAUCCAAAAAGCUCCCUAGACCUUGCCGAUGACAAGCAUACCCAUAACAUGAUGCAGCCACCACCAUGCUUGAAAAUAUGAAGAGUGGUACUCGGUGGUGUGUUGUGUUGAAUUUGCCCCAAACAUAAUGCUUUGUAUUCAGGACAUAAGGUUAAUUUCUUAGCCAAAUUCUUUCCAGUUUUACUUUAGUGCCUUAUUGCAAACAGGAAUAUUUUUAUUCUGUACAGGCUUCCUUCUUUUCACUCUGUUGUUUAGGUUAGUAUUGUGAAGUAGCUACAAUGUUGUUGAUCCAUCCUCAGUUUUCUCCUGUCACAGCCAUUAAACUCUGUCACCAUUGGCCUCAUGGUGAAAUCCCUGAGCGGUUUCCUUCCUCUCCGGCAACUGAGGAAGGACGCCUGUAUCUUUGUAGUGACUGGGUGUAUUGAUAUACCAUCCAAAGUGUAAUUAAUAACUUCACCAUGCUCAAAGGGAUAUUCAAUGUCUGCUUUUAUUUUUUUAUUUUUACCCAUCUAACAAUAGGUGCCCUACUUUGCGAGGCAUUGUAAAACCUCCCGGGUCUUUGUGGUUGAAUUUGUGUUUGAAAUUCACUGCUCGACUGAGGGACCUUACAAAUUAUUUGUAUGUGUGAGGUACAGAAAUCAUGUUAAACACUAUUAUUGCACACAGAGUGAAUCCAUGCAGCUUAUUAUGUGACUUGUUAAGCACAUUUUUACUCCUGAACUUAUUUCGGCUUGCCAUAACAAAGGGGUUGAAUACUUAUUGACUCCAUACAUUUCAGCUUAAAUUUUUUUAUGAAUUUGUAAAAUCUUCAAAUAAUUACACUUAUGGGGUAUUGUGUGUAGACCAGUGACACAAUCUCAAUUGAAUCCAUUAAAAAUGUAGGCUGUAACCCAACAAAAAAAGUCAAGGUGUGUGAAUACUUUAUGAAGACACUGUAGACCAGGGUUCUUCAAUUCCGGUCCUGGAGGGCUGAAACACUUCUGUUUUUUAUUUCUACCUGGUAGUUAAUUGCACUCACCUGGUGUCCCAGGUCUGAAUUAGCCACUGAUUAGAAGGAGAGGAUGAAAAACAGAGGUGUUUCGGCCCUCCAGGACCGGAAUUGAAGAACCCUGCUGUAGACCCACUGACCAUUUUUAAAAGUGAUUCAUAGUGCCCCGUGAGUGUGUAGACUGAUUGUAAAUAGUGAAAAUUAACUGUACAAAGUUCCGGGUGAGCUCUAACAGCCCUGGUGAAUGGUGUUCUUGUGUGCCCCUGACACCCACACUGACGCUGACCGGCUUGGCUGCUGAGUUUCUGUUCCGUAUUUCCGUUGCGCUGAAUUGGCCGCUGGCACCCAAACUGCGCUCUGAUUGGCUGAGUUAGCGCUCUGCACAUCUCUGCUACACCUCUGUUGCAUCCUCUCUUCCUAACCUCACUACAUCUUCCCUCCACUGCUCAGUAUUUCUGUUCCUCCCUCUCUCUUUAUUCUCUCCUUCUAGCUGACCAAGGCCCACCGGCAGGGUCACAUGGUGAAGGUAGACUGGUUGGACCGCCUCACCUUCAGAGAAAUAGAGAUGAUCAAUGAGGUGAGUAAGAGGAUCUGUGGUCAGUUAUUUCACUCAAUAUAAAUCCUGUAUUGCGUCAUACACUUACAAUCAGUUGGGUCAGACCCCAUCCAUCACAAAUGCUUUUGCGUGUGAAUAUGUAAAGAUAUUCGUCUCUCCUUUCUCUACACUGCUGCGUUAUCUUCACCUAUCAAAAGUCAGUCGUAUGUUUGUGUUCCCACAGAGUGAGAAACGCUGUUCCAACUUCAUGUACCUAAUGGUGGAGUUUCCUCGUGUCAAAACUGGUGAAAAGCCAGAGUACAGUAUUGUCUAUUAUGAGAAGGUAGGUACUGUAACACACACACACGGUUGGUAUUACGUUUUUGUGGCUUUAAACUAUUGUGGUAGUUCUGAAAGGGAGUGUUGAUUGGUUGAUGGACAUGGUGAUGUGGUAGCUGAUUGACUGUAACUCCUUCCCUUCCAGGAUGAAGAUGACGCCUCACCUGUGCUCACCAGCGCUGACAUCGUCAAAGUCCCCGACCCUCAGAUGUGCAUGGUGAGAAACACACAAACACAAUAUUGAUAAUGUAUUGAGUUUAAUGUAUUGAUUCAGUCCCUGCUAUAGGAGAACCUUGUGGAGAGCAAGCACCAUAAGCUAGCCCACAGCCUAUCAGACCACGACCUGAAGCCUAAUGCUGCCACACGAGACCAGCUCAACGUCAGUACCAUUACUCGCAACAACGUGUGUGCGACGUGAAUGUGUCUGAUAUUAGCAGUAGACUCAAUCUUAUGUCUGUCUGUCUGUCUACAGGUCAUAGUGAAUUACCCCCCAACGGAGCAGCUGAGCUCUGAGGAACAGGACCUGGUGUGAAAGUUCCAUUACUACCUCACCACUCAGGAGAAGGUGUGUAUCCUCCUGGACACUGUUUGUGUGUUUACAGCAGAAUAUAUUUCCCUAUAUUUUCUGAAGUACGAGAUAUUCACUGACAUCCAGGGAGGGCUGGAUCCAGGCAGCAAGAGGGACAGCCAAGGCCGGGGAGAGAGCUCCACCCUGGGGGACCUGGACAGGUGAGAGGGGGGUCUGUAAGGGUGGACAACUGGCUUUGUGGAGUAGACCAGUAGGCACGAAAACACUAAAUGUUUUGAAACAGAAAUGUGUGUUCUUUCAAAAAAGGUCAGGUAAACGUUCCAGUUCAGAAUUUGUUGCCCUUCUGCAAUUAGCUCGUUUUUUUAUAUGUAGAAUUGUUUUUCAUUACUGUGUUCUAACAGUGUAUUAUGAACUGGUUGUGUGUCUCCAGUCCCCAGAUCUUGACUGCUCCAGCGGUGCCCUCACCUGUCCAGAAAUGAAAAGAAGGGCCGGCCAGCGAGAACCUCCAGGUAGGAGAUGAAAAUAAUAGAAGUUGGGCUGAAAAUUAUUUUCUGUUAUGUUUAGUACGGUAUGUAACUAAUAUGUUUAGUAUGGUAUAUAACAAAUAUGUUUAGUACGGUGUAUAUAACAAGUAUGUUUAGUACGGUAUGUAUAUAACAAGUAUGUUUAGUACGGUAUAUAACUAAUAUGUUUAGUACGGUAUGUAACUAAUAUGUUUAGUGCGGUGUAUAUAACUAAUAUGUUUAGUACGGUGUAUAACUAAUAUGUUUAGUACGGUGUAUAUAACUAAUAUGUUUAGUACGGUGUAUAUAACUAAUAUGUUUAGUACGGUGUGUAUAUAACUAAUAUGUUUAGUACGGUAUGUAACUAAUAUGUUUAGUACGGUGUAUAUAACUAAUAUGUUUAGUACGGUGUAUAACUAAUAUGUUUAGUACGGUGUGUAACUAAUAUGUUUAGUACGGUGUGUAACUAGUAUGUUUAGUACGGUGUAUAUAACUAAUAUGUUUAGUACGGUGUAUAUAACUAAUAUGUUUAGUACGGUAUGUAACUAAUAUGUUUAGUACGGUGUGUAACUAAUAUGUUUAGUACGGUGUGUAACUAAUAUGUUUAGUACGGUGUGUAACUAAUAUGUUUAGUACGGUGUGUAACUAAUAUGUUUAGUACGGUAUGUAACUAAUAUGUUUAGUACGGUGUGUAACUAAUAUGUUUAGUACGGUAUGUAACUAAUAUGUUUAGUACGGUGUAUAUAACUAAUAUGUUUAGUACGGUGUAUAUAACUAGUUUGUUUAGUACGGUGUAUAUAACUAGUAUGUUUAGUACGGUGUAUAUAACUAAUAUGUUUAGUACGGUGUAUAUAACUAAUAUGUUUAGUACGGUGUAUAUAACUAGUAUGUUUAGUACGGUGUAUAUAACUAAUAUGUUUAGUACGGUGUAUAUAACUAAUAUGUUUAGUACGGUGUAUAUAACUAAUAUGUUUAGUAUGGUGUAUAUAACUAAUAUGUUAUUUGUCUUCUACAGCAGGACCUGGUGUACCUUCCUCAUCUCCCGUGCUUGUAAGAACUCAACACUGGCAAACUACCUGUACUGGUGAAGAUCACAUACUUUGCGUGUGUGUGUGCUAAAUCUGUGUGUACCCUCUCAGGUACAUAAUAGUGGAGUGUGAAGGCCAGGACACCCAGCAGAGAGACCUGAAAACCCACAAUGUGUACCUCAACGUCAUCGGGAGGUUCAGCCUAGCACUGCUCAAGGUCUGUCUUUCAACACAACUCCAAUCUUACUUCAUCCUUCAGUUUGUAAUGUGAACGUUCAGCGCUAUGAAUUUGCAUAUGCAGUGAGUGAUACAGCACAAUAUGUUGAAGAAACACUAUUUCUGAUUGGUUACCAUGAGUAUAACUCAUCUCCUCUUUCAUUUGACCUCUUUCCUUUCUCUCCUCCAUACUCCAUCUCUCUCUCUGCGUCUUUCUCUCUCUGCAGGGUGAUAAGAGUGUGAGGGUGAUGCGGUCUCUCCUGGCGUCCCAGCAGACGUUUGUGGUCAGACUGGUACAGCUGAUGAAGGCUGUGCAGAGAGAGAGUGACAACCGCAAGAAGAAGGUAUGGGAGAUUUAUCUCACUCACACACACACACACACACACAGUCUUUCUUCCUUGUGACUAGAUCUCCUGAGUGGCGCAGUGGUCUAAGGCACUGCAUCGCAGUGCUAACUGUGCCACUAGAGAUCCUGGUUCGAAUCCAGGCUCUGUCGCAGCCGGCCGCGACCGGGAGACUCAUGGGCGGCGCACAAUUGGCCCAGCGUCGUCCAGGGUAGGGGAGGGAAUGGCCGGCAGGGAUGUAGCUCAGUUGAUAGAGCAUGGCGUUUGCAACGCCAGGGUUGUGGGUUCGAUUCGCACGGGGGGCCAGUAUAAAAAAAUAUAUGUAUUCACUAACUGUAAGUCGCUCUGGAUAAGAGCGUCUGCUAAAUGACUAAAAUGUAAAUGUAAAUGUAAAUGUAGAUGGUGUAAUGAUUGUGACGGUUGCCAGUGGCGCCCCCUAGGUUUCAGACGGAGCGACUGCAGGCUCUGCUGGCGGACAAUGACAAGGUGAACCUAUGUGAGAUUGACCCCAUCCCUGUACCUCUGGAACCCACUGUGAGAAUCAGAGGCAUCGUACCAGACACCACCUCACUAUUCAAGGUACAACACCUUCCAUCCUUCCAUCCCUCCAUCCUCCCAUCUCUCUCUUUCUUCUUCUUCCUCUCUUGCCCUUCUGCUUUUCUCCUCUCUCUCAACCUCUUCUUUCUCCUCCCUCAUCUUUUAUUCCUGCUCCUCCUCUGCCUCUCCCCCGGAUUUGUGUGUAGUCGUUUUUCGGCCGUACAUAGACAAUGCUUGCUGUGUGAUAGUGUAAUGGGUACGUGAUAAUGUACCUUUAUGUGUUUCUAUAAUCUCAUCACUAUAUCUCUGUGUAUUAUAGAGUUCUCUGAUGCCAGCCAAGCUGAUCUUCAAGGCGGAGGAAGGAAAGUUGUAUCCUGUCAGCUUUAAACAUGGAGACGACCUGAGACAAGACCAGCUCAUCCUACAGAGCAUCUCUCUCAUGGACAAGGUCAGAACCUAACAUAUUAUUACCAUAUAAAACCUGUUAUUACCAUAUUAGCAACAUAUUAUUAUCAUAUCAUAUACACAUAAUACCUUAUUAUUAUGGACAAGGUCAGAAGCUAACAUAUUAUUACCAUGUAAACCUAUUAUAAACAUAUUAUUAUCAUAUAUACAUAAUACUGUAUUAUUAAGGUCAGAAACAAACAUUACUGCAACACAGACCCCUGUUUAUUUUAUCCUUACUUAGAAGGUUAAGUGGCUGUGUAUUGUUAAUGUACAUCUGAUGGAAAUUCUCUCUCAGCUGCUGAGGAAAGAGAAUCUAGACCUUACAAAGUGCUGGCCACAAGCACCAAGCAUAGUGAGCACCACUGAUGUAGUGAUCGAAUACUGUCUCAGGAAGUGACCUUUAACCUCUGAUCUGUGUGCUGUUGAUCCUUUAGGGUUCAUGCAGUUUGUCCAGUCGGUGCCUGUGGCUGAGGUCCUGGCCACUGAAGGAAACAUCCAGGUAGGAGCUCAUGAUAUUUCUGUCUAAGAGCCUAUUACCAUUGUAACGAAUACAAGAAGUUUGUCUACCAUCUUCACUCUGUGCACGUCUGUGUCUGUAGACCUGUCUUGUGAUAUCACGUCUGUGUCGGUAGACCUGUCUUGUGAUAUCACGUCUGUGUCUGUAGACCUGUCUUGUGAUAUCACGUCUGUGUCUGUAGACCUGUCUUGUGAUAUCACGUCUGUGUCUGUAGACCUGUCUUGUGAUAGCACGUCUGUGUCGGUAGACCUGUCUUGUGAUAUCACGUCUGUGUCGGUAGACCUGUCUUGUGAUAUCACGUCUGUGUCGGUAGACCUGUCUUGUGAUAUCACGUCUGUGUCGGUAGACCUGUCUUGUGAUAUCACGUCUGUGUCGGUAGACCUGUCUUGUGAUAUCACGUCUGUGUCGGGAGACCUGUCUUGUGAUAUCACGUCUGUGUCGGGAGACCUGUCUUGUGACAUCACGUCUGUGUCGGGAGACCUGUCUUGUGAUAUCACGUCGGUGUCGGGAGACCUGUCUUGUGAUAUCACGUCUGGGUCGGUAGACCUGUCUUGUGAUAUCACGUCUGGGUCGGUAGACCUGUCUUGUGAUAUCACGUCUGGGUCGGUAGACCUGUCUUGUGAUAUCACGUCUGGGUCGGUAGACCUUUCUUGUGAUAUCACGUCUGGGUCGGGAGACCUGUCUUGUGAUAUCACGUCUGUGUCGGGAGACCUGUCUUGUGAUAUCACGUCUGGGUCGGGAGACCUGUCUUGUGAUAUCACGUCUGUGUCGGGAGACCUGUCUUGUGACAUCACGUCUGUGUCGGUAGACCUGUCUUGUGAUAUCACGUCUGUGUCGGGAGACCUGUCUUGUGAUAUCACGUCUGUGUCGGGAGACCUGUCUUGUGACAUCACGUCUGUGUCGGUAGACCUGUCUUGUGACAUCACGUCUGUGUCGGUAGACCUGUCUUGUGACAUCACGUCUGUGUCGGUAGACCUGUCUUGUGACAUCACGUCUGUGUCGGUAGACCUGUCUUGUGACAUCACGUCUGUGUCGGUAGACCUGUCUUGUGACAUCACGUCUGUGUCGGUAGACCUGUCUUGUGAUAUCACGUCUGUGUCGGGAGACAUGCAAACUUCAAGAAGUUGGCCUGGUGCCCUCUGAUGUCAUCAUCCUAAUGUGUGUUUUUGGAUGACUACUGAGAUGUCAUUUUGUCAUUCUUUUUCCAGCUGGUUACUGUGUCAUCACAUACAUCCUGGGAGUGGGAGACAGACACUUGGACAACCUGCUCCUCACAAAGACUGGUAGGUCUAUAGGAAUUAUGUGUCAAGUACCUCCAACAUGCUGUGGUUGGAUUUGUACCAUAUAUUGUCUGAUCACUAGUUAUUUCCUUCAAAAGCUACUCUACUCUGUUCUGUAUGACAACUGCUGUUGUAGGGCUUCAUGAAUACAUUUCAUUGAUUGAAUACCUUUCCAUCUUCCUAUUUCAGGAAAGUUAUUCCACAUAGACUUUGGCUACAUCCUGGGUCGUGACCC